AGGAUAAUUGGACAAGUGCGUUGAUGGUGAGAUUUUAAUUGGUGUGACAUAUGAGAACAUUAGAUGCAAUGGAGUCACGCGAUGGGUUACGGAACGUGAUUUUGAGCGACGGCUGCGUGGGAAGACACUCUGACAGUGAAUAUUCGGGAGACUCGCCAACGCAUCGCAAUUCUUCUUUGAUGACCAGGAAUUCUGAGAGCUGCAGCAGCACGACGGACGUGUGCGAGGACGGGGACGAUGCUGGGGCGGCGGUGCAGCAGCGGCCCUCGUGGGGGCGGCAGGUGGAGUUCAUCCUGAGCUCCCUCAGCUACGCCGUCGGCCUCGGUAACAUAUGGCGCUUCCCGUAUCUCUGCUACAGGAACGGAGGAGGUGCCUUCCUCAUACCGUACUGCCUCAUGCUGCUCACGUGCGGGCUGCCGCUCAUGUUCUUCGAGCUCUCCUUGGGACAGUUCGGCAGGGAAGGUCCCAUUACCGUCUGGAAAAUCUGCCCUUUAUUUAAAGGCAUCGGCUAUGCGAUGUUCAUGAUAAGUUUCUACAUCGGCUGCUACUAUAACGUCAUCAUCGCGUGGGCUAUCUACUAUAUUUAUUCAUCGUUUACCAGUGUCUUACCGUGGACCAAUUGUGGCAAUGAUUGGAACACAAAAUUAUGCAAGAAUGUCGACAGCCAAGAAUGUAAUUUGAACGGCGGGCUGAUGAUGCUCAACGGGACAUGUUUCUACAUGAACUCGACGAGCCCCGAGCAGUGGAAGCUUGUCGAGCAGUCCGUCCUCGCCCACAAGAGCCCGGCAGACGAGUUCUUCCACGAGCACGUGCUGGACAUCUCUGAAGGCUUCCACGACAUCGGGGGCUUCCAGCUGCAGAUCGUGUGUGCCCUCGCCGUGGCAUGGGCUGUCGUCUACCUCGUCCUUAUUAAAGGAGUUAACUCCUUCGGCAAGGCCGUGUACUUCACAGCGACGUUCCCGUACGUGAUCCUGACGGUUCUGCUCAUCAAAGCUGCCACCUUACCUGGCUACUCGGACGGCAUCUACUUCUACCUCACGCCGCAGUGGGACAAACUUGCUACCAUCUCUUCGCUGUCACUGGCUGAAGUUUCCCCACGCUCUGGGGAAAUGAACUCUCGUGUUGCUGAGGAAGAGUCCCGAGGUUGGCUGGUAUUGAUCGAGGUCCCGGGGACGAGAGACGAGGAAGCUACACGCCCUGGACUAGCGUUUGUUGCCUACCCCGAGGCGGUGGCCCGCCUUCCAGUGUCACCAGCCUGGUCCAUCUUAUUCUUCGCCAUGUUGCUCACGCUGGGCUUGGGCACACAAUUUACUAUCCUUACGACCAUCAUCACGACCAUUACUGACGACUUCCCUUCACUGCGCGGGAAAAAUUACAAAUGGGGGCUGCUGGCCGCGUGUCUAGUCAUGUUCAGCGUAGGACUCUCUAUGACUACCAAGGCCGGUAUGUACGUCCUCAACAUGAUGGACUCCUACAGCUCUACCUUCUCUGCUCUCAUGGUCGGCGUCAUCGAGGUGUUGGUGGUGACGUGGAUCUAUGGCGUGGAUAAUUUCAUGGAUGAUAUUAAGCUGAUGCUCGGCAAGCAUCCUUACCCGCGGUGGUUCUGGCGCAACAUAUGGAAAUUCGGGAUGCCGCUCAUGGUCUUCACCAUCCUGGCGGGCACGUUCUUGUUCUACGAGGCGCCCUCCUACGGCGACUACCACUUCCCGCGGUGGGCGAACAUCGUGGGGUGGGCGCUGUCCUUCUCCUCCGUCGCCCUCAUCCCUGUCGUCGCCCUCUACCAAGUGUGCAGAGAGACCGGCUCCCUCACAGAGAGGAUAGCGAAAUUGUGUCGGCCGCUGUCGACAUGGAGCCCUCCUCCCGAGGCCUGCAUCAGACCUAACGAGAGCUUCGGCGCCAAGCCGCUCCUCAAAGUAACCUCCUUCGUUUCCACAGGCCUCGAACACAAGAUAUAAGUGAGUCAUGUAUAGUUCGUCUCAGAUCUCUCGCAGGAGUCCAUUUAUAGAACUACAUUUAUUUCAAGAACUGCGCUUCUAGAUCUACAUACUUGAAUUGAGAAUUUUUUUCGCCAUCGCUGUUUACUUAUUUAUGUGCGUGCUGAUCAGCCUUUCGUCUUAUUAGAAUCACUUUGCUUUCUAUUGGUUAUAUUUAUUUACAUGUAUUGUUAUGUUGAAGGUAAAAUAAUGAAAUUUUGAAGUCUAGGAAAAGCAUCUAGCCUAGUUUCUCUGUAACUCAAAAAUUUUGUGGAAAUCGUGCUUCAGAAGAUCAAUGAAGAUUGACUUCAUUUGUGCUAAAUAUAGUGUCAUUUAAAAAGACGGGGAUAAAUUUAAGAAUCAGCAAAUACUGACUUUUCUGUGAUAAACAAGUGUGGAGUGUCUUAAUUAAUUAAGAAUAAUUUGUGUUACAGUAGCUCAGAAUUCCUCAAUGGAACUUUUUACCAUAAACAGGGAUUUAAAAAAUUGCAAUGUCUCGGGGCAUCAAACAACGAUUUGACGAUUUCUCCAAGAAAAUAUGUAGGGAAUCGAAGAAAUAGAAUAUUUCUAUAUAAUAGGUGACUUGUAGAGAGGAACCUUAUGUUAUUGUAAGAGUUAACGUUGCAAAAGCUCUGUUAGUUUGAUCUUAGUUAUGCCCCAACCUCAAGUUUCAUUGUGUAGCGGUGAAUCUGAGGAAGCGAUCUCACUGAGAAAUUCCUUCUAACUCCUUACCUUGUUAUUUAAAAAUAACAGUCGUUCAUUAUCUGUGACAUGCUGUUGAAUUUUGUAGAUUAUAGCGCUCGAUACUGUGUUAUUUGCUUGCUAGAAUGAAUAUUAUUGCGGUAGAGCUGCCUGACUUCCUGUGCGAUUACUUUGUGUGCUUGUCACCAACUCGUUGUCUUGAGUUCGUUUAUGACGAUACUAUACAAACGAGUAGGUUACUAUUAGGGUUAUUCAUCUAUUUUUCUGUGCUGAUGUUGGUGCCUGAAUGUUUUAGCUCCUUCAUUUUAGUGUUGAUUCACGUAGUGAUACGAUUUUUGUAGGACACAGCUUAUUGUGGCUAGCUGAAAUAUUUUGAGAAAUAGUUAACAACAGUUACCUAGGUAUCUAACUGGUGUUGCUUUGCACAUAAACUGAACUCUUUCACUCACUUGUUGAAGUAACUGCUGCCAACAGCUUUAUUUCACUCGUUAAUGUUGGCAACUGGAUUCUUGGAUUUUCAGUCUUCCAGUUGUUAUAAUUUUGUUGAAUAUUAAUGAUUUCAUCAAAGAUGAAUGAGGUGAAGAAGGUUCUGAAUGUAUUCCCUGUUAAUAAUUACAUUGUUGGUUUAUAUGUAGAGGAUUUUAGCCAAGAUCACUGCCAGUACAUUGCUAGUGUCGUUCGUUAUUUCAAUUUGCGACGACGAAUACAGGAGAAAUAACGAUUUAUUAUUAUGUUUCGUGAGCUGCAUUGGUGUUAUUUUUUGUCUAACUAAAUCAGGCUAGUGUUUUUAGGGUGGGUUUAGUUGUCCGCGAUUCAGACUUGGACUUUCCGAUAUGAAUCUCGUUUAAAUUUUUCGUUGCAAUCGCAUCAAGUAUUGUUACAGCUCCUGCGUAUUGAUCCGAACAGAGGUCAAGUAAAUACUUGAUUUCAGUUUCGGGAAAUUUCUCGAUAGUGAGUAUGAAGCGUAAAAGUGUAACUUUUCACUUGUGAAAUUGGCAGGGGAAAUCAACUAUCACAUACUAGCCGUUCUGCAUUCUUUUGCGAGAAUAAAUCCUUAAUAGUUCGGGAAAACCAAUUAUUUUAGUUUGC